AUCCCUCCCCUCCGGCCACCGCCCUGCCCGUCUCUUUCUCUCGUGGGGGAUCACAGACCCAGACCCAGACCCAAGUGAAGUGGGUCUUCCAUCUGAUCCCCCAAAAAUCCGAUGAGUAGUUGACGGGUUUUCGGAUCAUGGGUUGCGUCAGCUCCAGACAGGCACGCCACGAUGCCUUUUCUUCCCCGGAUUCCUCUGCCCUUACCACCAUCCGAGAUGGCCGGAAGUACCGCCGUUCCCGGUCGAGUUUGGGCCACCGCAAGGUUGGGUUCGGAGGGUUGGAGAAGAUCCAAGAGGAGUCCGAGGAGGAAGGGGAGGAGGAAUUUCGUUCCCCUGCCAAGAAGAAUCCCAAGGCAUUGUCGAAGGUGCAUUCCGCCAGGAAAGCUGCAUUUAGCAUCAAAUUUGGGAGGCUGACAGAAGGCGAACACGCUGCCGCUGGUUGGCCUUCGUGGCUCUCUGCCGUGGCCGGAGAGGCCGUUGAGGGAUGGCUCCCCCUCAGAGCAGACAAGUUUCAGAGAUUAGAAAAGAUUGGACAGGGUACGUACAGCAGUGUUUACCGGGCACGUGAUCUUGAAAAUGGAAAGGUGGUUGCCCUGAAGAAGGUUCGGUUUGACAACUUCCAACCUGAAAGUGUUAGAUUUAUGGCACGAGAAAUAACUGUCCUCCGCAGACUUGAUCAUCCUAACAUCAUGAAACUGGAGGGCAUAAUCACUUCCAGGUCGUCGUGUAGCAUCUGCCUUGUUUUUGAGUACAUGGAACAUGAUCUCUCGGGAUUGCUGUCUUGUCCCGACAUCAAGUUCAAUGACUCACAGAUCAAAUGCUUUAUGACGCAGCUAUUGUCUGGGCUAGAACACUGCCAUUCAAGGGGGAUUAUGCAUCGAGACAUCAAAGUAUCAAACAUUUUAGUAAACAAUGAAGGAAUUCUGAAGAUAGGAGACUUUGGUCUUGCAACUUUUGUUAGUGCAAAGAACAACAAGCAACCACUGACCAGCCGAGUUGUGACCCUGUGGUAUCGACCGCCCGAACUUCUGUUAGGGUCGACAGAUUAUGGUGUGACAGUUGAUUUAUGGAGUGCUGGCUGUGUUUUUGCAGAGCUUUUCUUUGGAAAGCCUCUACUAAAAGGUAGAACUGAGGUGGAACAACUGCACAAAAUCUUUAAACUAUGUGGUUCACCACCUGAUGCGUAUUGGGAAAAUUCUAAACGUCCACUUGCAGCAAUCUUUAAACCCCAAUAUGCUUAUGAGAGUACACUCCGUGAAAGAUGUAAAGAAUUACCAAAAUCUGCUGUAAACCUUAUCCAAACACUUCUCUCAAUAGAACCUUACGAACGUGGAACUGCAUCGUCUUCCCUUAAUUCUGAGUAUUUCUAUACGAGGCCCUAUGCUUGUGAUCCAUCAACCAUGCCAAUUUUCCCACCAAACAGAGAGAUUGAUGCAAAACUCCGUGAAGAAGCAAGGAGACGGAAGACAGGUUCCACAGUAAGGGGAGGAUCUGCAUUCUCAAGGAAUAAGAGAACACGUCGAGGAGUAGCCUCCACUGAGGAUAUGAAGUCAAGUUAUCACACUUCUCGUAGAAGCAAUGGAAAAAGCACUUGUUCUAAAGGAGCUACUGUCGCCAGGAUGUCACAUAAAACCCCCUAUGACACUUUUUCAGAGGCAGCUUCUCAGACAACAGAAUUAUCUCAAGGGGACAGUAUUUGCUCUGUCCCUGUACAAACAAUUAGCAGUUAUGAUGGAUGGCCAAAAAGUCAAAGACUGGAUCGUUCAGGAUUACAUGCUUAUGGUAAUUCAAGAAGGCUACAAAUGAAUCCUGUAAAACUACCCAUCGACCCAUUGGAUUUAUAUGGGAAAGAAAAUUGAGAAUGUUCAAGCAGCAGUCACAAGAAUGACGGGUUCACCUCUUGGCUUCACGAUAAACGGGUGGAACGGCUUGUGUUCUUUUAUGAAUUAUCAGUGGACCGUAAUGGUGAACAAGGCAGCUCAAACAGGGCGGUCAUUCUCAGGACCAUUGCCAUUCGAGUCGCAUAGAAUGCAGGAUGGUCAGGCAGUUCAAAGAUCAUGUUUCUAUAGAGAUGUGUAACUGGAAUGAGUUGGUGGACUAAAAGAUGCCAUUCAUUGAGAACCCUCAAAGUCAUUGAACUUUGACAGGGGAGCGAUUUUUGGCCUGAACUUCUGAGCCCGCACCAAUGUUCGUGGACUCGAGUACAAAACCAUGACAUAAGAAUUGACAGGCGAGAAAUAAGACCCAGUUGUGAAAACAUUCUGACCAAUAUCUGUUUUUCAAACUCACUCCCUAAAUUCAUUUCUUGAGUUGUCUGGGUUGCCCUGGUGGUGGAGGCAGUUGACAGUGGCCAAACAAGGAUGGAGGUGGCCUGCAAUGGGGACAAUAGCUUACUGAUGUUUUUUUUGCUUGGUAGAAACAAAAGAUAGAGAAUUUAGAAGAGGAACUUUGAGGGUCUGACCACUGAAUUUUGUCAAAGGGUGUGUUUGGUUUGGAAGAAAAUACUUUCUCGGAA